AGCCAGCGGUUACGAGAAGAGAGAGAGAGAGAGAGAGAGAGAGAGAGACGGCGCUGUGUUUUUUCUUUUUUUCUGAUUUCCUGCCUGUGACUCAUAACUUUAAACUUCUGUGUCUGCUGGCUGAGGGUGAGCGAGUGUUCCUGUUGCGGCAGCACUGGUGGAGGAGGGGUAAAGGGUUGAGAAACUGGCCCCGGCCUGGACGGCUAAGGAUUUAAAAGCCUUUCUCUCCUGGUUUCUGGAUCACAAACAGCGGUCGGAACUCUUGAUGACCCCUCGGCGGAGCGCGUGUCCGUGUGUUCACUCAUGGAGCGGCUCCGGUUCUCCUUCUUCUGGCGCGUGACGGUGGCCAUCCUUUUCAGCGUGUCGCUGCUGAGACCGCAGAGCGCGAGUGCUGCACUUGUAAAGCCAUUCAAAUUGAAUGGUCUCUGCAUGUUCUGUGAUGUUCUGCCCAGCAGCUGUAACGCUACGGGCACCUGCUCAUCAGAGUGUAACAUCACAGCCAUCUGCGAACAUCCAGAGGAGGUGUGCGUUAGUGUAUGGCACACAGAUGGAGAGAACAGGACAGUGGAGACGGUCUGUCAUAACCCCUCUCUACCCUUUCGCGGUGUGAUGCUGGACGACUACAACAACACAGACUGUGUGAUGAAGCAGUAUAAAGGACUCGGGCCUGAUUACUAUAUGUGCUCCUGUACAGGAGAGGAGUGCAAUGACAAGCUCACCUUUACACAGUCAGAGAUUUUGCCUCGUCCAGAAGUCCGGGAGGUUCCCAUUAUCCUGAUCAGCCUGCUUCCUCUGCUGGUCCUUGCAGUCCUGAUCAUGUCGUUCCUCUACUUCUUCCGUCUACACCGCCAGCAGCACCUGAAGACAGGCGCCAAGUCCAAGUGCCCCAGCCAUGACUUCUGUGACACUCGCGCCAUCAUGAACGACGUGGACCAUCCUGAGAGCAACUCAGCCCACGCCAACAGCCUGAACCACAACAUGGAGCUGCUGCCCAUCCAGCUGGAUGGCGUGGUGGGGAAGGGACGCUUUGCUGAGGUCUAUCGUGCAAAGCUCAAACAAAAGCCCACCAGUGCCAGUGGGGCCAAUGUGCCUUUCCAGACUGUAGCAGUGAAGAUCUUCCCCUGUGAGGAGUACGCCUCAUGGAAAUCAGAGAAGGAGAUCUUCUCGGAUGCCGAACUGCGACAUGAGAACAUUCUGCACUUCCUGACAGCGGAGCAGCGCGGGGGAGAGGGUCAGUACUGGCUGAUCACGGCCUACCACGACAAGGGAAACCUGCAGGAGUACCUCAGGGGCCACCUGCUGAGCUGGGAGCAACUGCACAAGCUGGGUGGGUCUCUGGCCCGGGGUGUUGCCCACCUGCACAGCGAGCGAACUCCCUGCGGACGCCCUAAAGUGGCCAUCGCCCACCGCGACCUGAAGAGCUCCAAUAUUUUGGUGAAGGACGACCUGACCUGCUGCCUCUGCGACUUUGGCCUCAGCCUCCGUCUGGACAGUUCAAUGUCCAUUGAUGAGCUCGCCAACAGUGGACAGGUGGGCACAGCCAGGUAUAUGGCCCCAGAGGUGCUGGAGUCCAGAAUCAACCUGGAGAACAUUGAGUCCUUCAAGCAGACAGAUGUCUACUCUAUGGCUCUGGUGCUGUGGGAGAUCACCUCCAGAUGUACUGCCAUUGGAGAGGUUAAGGAGUACGAGCUGCCGUUUGGGAAGCUGAGGGAGCACCCGUGUGUGGACAGCAUGAAGGACAGCGUGAUCAGAGACAGAGAACGUCCAGAGAUACCCAGCAGCUGGUGUAAACACCUGGGUAUCAAAGCCAUCUGUGCCACUAUAGACGAGUGCUGGGAUCAGGACCCCGAGGCCCGUCUGACUGCCCACUGUGUGAUGGAGCGCUUAAAUGCCCUGCAAGAUCUGGACCAUAACCAACUGAGCCAAAGCCCAGAGCAGAAGAUCCAAAAUGUCUGAAGACCUUUCAGCAGCUCCAAAGCCCUGCACUUUACAGCCACAUUUCAGAGAACUGAGCAGUAAACAUAUCAGCCUAAAGCCAUAGUGUGGUGGGAGCAGUUAAUGUACACGGUUUUCCCCCAACUUACCUCAAAUACAGUCGAUAAGCCAAGAUGUGUUUGGUGUCUGAAGUUCAUUUCUUUAGUUAUAGCACUGCAGCUAUGAGGCUAAUGUGUUUACCAAGUUAUAGUACUUUUUAGCUACAUUAGUUUACUUGAGAUUGCUAAACAACUCAACACGGUUUGAGGCUUCAGUCUUGCAGUUUGCGCUAAUCAGUGGAUGCUAACUGCGGGAUAGGAGAUUUUGGCACUGUGCUAUCUACAUGACUACAGAGGCAUUUUCUAUGCAAUAGUUUUAGAAACAACGUAAGGCCAGACAUAAUGCUAAUUGGUGAUAUAUUAGCUUCAAUUACUUGUUAGCUAUGUUAGCCUCGUAGCUCCAGUGCUAAAACUAAAGAAGCAAAUUUCAGACACUGAUCAUGACUUGGGAUAAGGGGGGGGGGCUUUAUUGCUUUGAACAUUUAUCAAAAGAAAGCGCCGUUUUGCUUUUGCUAAACAUGCUGCAAACUUGAUUCAGGUGAUUAUUUUGUUUUUUAUUUUCUUUUUUUCUUGAGUUCAUGGAACUCGAAGGCUUUGGCUGGAGAUAAGAGAACGAGAGCUUCUGGGAAUGAGUGUGAUUUUUCCGAGAUAUGCGUAAGUGCUGCAAUAAAGAAAACAGCAUCAGCCUUUUUUAGCCCCAGAGGGGCGAAGCUUUCUGCUCUGAGCAGCUCUGUACUGUAAACACGAAUGCUUCACCGAGCCCAGCACUCAUAAAGGAACUGCGAUGUUUAUGUAACAGACUACAACGGGACACUCUGAUAAGGACCGUCAUCCCAGCCGAGGAGGCGUACUACAGAUAAACACUUCAUCCGGGAUAAAAGAGAGGAGCUACAGGAGUUUAUCACAGACUGUAUAUCACAUUACAGGGCAGGUCAGUCUGCCUCAGCUGAGAACCUUCCACUGUACAGAGUUUACUGUGUUCACACCGAAGAUUAAACGUGUUCAGGACUUAAACAGGACCAGACUCUUUAUUCUGGAUGUCCUCUGAGUUUAGCAGGAAGGAGAAAUGCUCUUCUUUUCUUCUGUUAAUUAUACAGUAACUGCUGUGAAUUAUUCAACAUCCACUAUGAAUUAUUCAGUAUCAAUAAUGAAUUAUUCUGUAUCUGCUAUGAUUUUUUUCCGUAACUGCUAUGAAUUUUUUUCAUAACUAUAACAAAUAAUUCUGUGGCUACAAUCAAUUGUUCAGUAUGAAUAACUAUGAAUUUCUUGAUUCCUAAUUAAUCUAGCUACUGAAUUCCUCAGAAACUAGAAUAUUUAUUCAGUAUUCAAUAUCUACUAUGAA